AUGAACUACUGGCCGGAGAACACAGAUGGAACCGACACUUUGACAGCCACUGUGCUCUUCCGCCCUGUUUCCUCGGAAGAGCCUGUCUUGGACAGUAGCUGCGAGGCAGACCUGGAACUGGAUAAAGAAUUUAGUGGCUUUACACCUUUGAACAAUCCGAAGAAAGAUGUCAUAGGCGAUAUCAUUGCCGUGACUGGUCUCGCAGGCCACGCGUAUGGUUCUUGGGCUGAAAGGCCCGACCGUAUGUGGUUGCGUGACUUUCUUCCAUCCAGUAUACCAAACGCACGAGUUCUGGUCUACGGCUACAGAUCCCAAGUUCAAGGAAACAACCAGUCUACAAGCAUUCUGACGCAUCACGCCGAUACAUUCAUGAAUGAUCUCUUGACUAUGAGGGACAAUCCCGAGUGUCAGAAUCGACCUCUCGUGCUCAUCGUAAGUAUCUCGGGGCCUGGUAUUUCGGGUAUUGACGUUCCCUAG